GAGGAUAAUGUUGGCAACGCUUCAAAUCUCUAGGAUCCAUAAAUUUAUUUUUUGAGGUUUUCAGCACUGUUGAAGCGUAAGAGUGUGCACAGAGCAGUACAGAGUGUGUACAGAAAUAAAGUGUUGUGACAGGUGUAGUAAAUAACCUCAUUUUUUACAAAUUAUUUUAUAAAUUUUUGUUAUAUGUAAUGUUUUUACCUGUACUGUAUGAUUGCCAUAGAGUGUAGUAAAUUUUGGACAAGAUAGGAGAAUAGGAAAUUAAGAGAAAGAGAGGAAACUUCAAGAAAUUUGGAGUGAUAUAGAAAGCAAGGACGAUGAUAAUAUUGAUUUAUUAAUAAUAUUGUACAAAUUAUCCCAAGUUGUCGGUGAUGAAUAAUUUAAAAGAUUUUUUUUUAACCAAUUACAGGUAUCAAUAUAAUCAUUGAUAUCAUUAUAAUUGAGGUAAAAAAUGAGGUUAUUUACUACACCUGUCACAACACUUUAUUUCUGUACACACUCUGUACUGCUCUGUGCACACUCUUACGCUUCAACAGUGCUGAAAACCUCAAAAAAUAAAUUUAUGGAUCCUAGAGAUUUGAAGCGUUGCCAACAUUAUCCUCUCUAGUUUUAUGGAUUUUGGCCUCUUACCACUUGAUACGCGUACCAAGUGCUCGGUGUAAACUAGAGCAUAAUCUCUGUAAAGAGUCAGAAUGUGCCAAAGUCCAAAAGAAUGUUAACAAAUGGCAGUAGAAUUAAUAAAAAGCAAUUAAUAAAUUGCACUAGUGCGCACUGGUGCAAUCCAAUCGAAUUCGCCAUAACUUAUUGCACUAAUGCAGCAAUGCAGGAAUAAAAAACAAACCUAGAGGCUCUCUAGUCGCGUCCAGUGAAUUGCACCUUAAAUUUGGCGGGAAAGUAUUUCGGAAUAUGUUACAGAAGUUUUAAAAACGUACAUUCGAAAAGAUAGAUAUUCAAGAGAAAUAGAGAAAGAAAGAAAAUUAAGUUGAUAUGGAGUCCGUCGAGCUGAUAAUGGAGUCUACCGACAAAAGGAAUAUCCGCACAAAAGAGGAUGUUUGUGAGAUUUUGGAAUUGGCAACCAUUAAAGAGUCUGAUUUAAAUGCCAUGACACAAUGCCUAUAUCCCAUGCAGGAUCAUCAGGUCAAUGAUUUGAUAUUGUUGGAGGUGGAUGAGCACAUAUUAGGAGCACUGAAUGAGGGAGAUAUAGUAUCAUUUCGUGGUAACAAACGUGAUAAUGCUACAUUAUGUACACAAACUCGGACCUAUGAGAUCAGAGAGGCUGAGAUAUCCAACUCAUGGUUGUUGGUACCAAACUUAAAGCUGAGCAAGGCAACAGACAAAAAAGUAGCUGAUAGAAUUGUGGAGAAACGCAAUGUAAAAAAGAUAUUUAACUCAUAUUACGAGGUAAAAGAAACCAAGCCUGAUCUGGCAGGUUUGUUCGCUCUGCUCAACUCAUCCUCCUUUAAAGGAUUAGAAUAUGAAUCUAUGAUAGAUCAGAAGGCAUUGUACAGCUGGAAAAGACUACAGAGUGAGUUACAAGCCAGUGAUCAUGAGUUAAAGCAGGCUCUAACGGAUUUCUUAAUAGCCAACAUAGAUGGUUAUUUACGUCUCGUGUCAUUUGAUGUGGAAGCGAGAAGCUUGAAUUUGAUGUUGGAUUAUUUUGAAGAACAGUCCUGGCAACUUGAUGAAGUAGAUAAAGAAAAAACAUAUGACAGUUUAAAGAAACUUAUUCACAAACCAGUCUUUGAUGUUAUAUUUAAAAAAUAUACAGAAGUAAGCACAAAAAUGAAAAAUGAUAGCAGUCCAUUGUAUACGUACGACGAAGAAAAGUGCUGUGCAAUGAUAGCAAAGGUUCUUCUCGCUGCCUCUCCUGUCACUGAAUAUAACGAAUUCAUGGAAACAUGGAAUAUGGGAACCCCUGAUCAUAUGCAACCAAAAGAAAAGUAUUUAUGUGGAUCGGCUCUUAUAACGUAUAAUACUUCGAAAAUGCAAAGGGAAAUUGUAUCUUGUCCAGAAGCGGAUUUAUCCAAUAACAUACACGAUAGACUUAAUGAACUUUUUCAAAUUAAAGCUAAAUGGACUAUUGAAGAGAUAACACCUUAUAUUACGCGUUUUACAAAAGGGGCAAUGAACGUUAAUGCACUUUUAACAAAAUAUGCCAGAUGUUCAACAAAAAAUGGGAUAAAAUAUUAUGGAUCAAAACAUGGCAAGUGAUAUAGCGAUUACAUUUUUGGUAUGCAUUCAAUUGUGUUACAAUAAAUAUUGAUACAUGUAUUACUGAUUAAUUAUAUUAAUGUCAGAACUAUAUUUUUCAUAAUUAUCUAUGAUGUUAAAAGAAAAAUAACACACGUAAUUUAUUUAACUUGUAUAAUCAUUAUAUUUAAUUACAUUUACACGAUUUAUAAAUAUUUUUGAGACGAAAUAAGAUUACGUAUAAUUAAUUUUUUAAUUUAUUUACACUGAUGUAAUAGUGACAUUAUCAGUGAUAUAUAUUGCUGUUAUCAAUCAUUCAUUAAAAGUCCAUAAUUGAAAUUAUAACAUUUAAUUAUUGUAUUACAAUAAUUAUAUAAUCUGAAGAUUAGACAAUAAUUAUUAAUUUUAUUGGCCACAAAUAACUCUUGUUAUAUCUCUUUGACUAUAAAAUUUUAUUAUAAAGCAUUUUAGAAAAUCAACUUUUUCUUUAAUCUGAUGUUAUUUUUAAUUACAAUUAAAUAGAAUUUCAGGAAAAUGUAACAGAUUGUCAUGAUAGAAUAAUUACAAAUUAUUUUUAAAUCGGAUAUUUGUUUCAUCAGUUAUUAUGUAUGUCAAAUAAUAAAACUUAUAAAUGUAUUAUAAGAUGAAAAA